AAAUCGUUUCUCCUGUGGGCGUCAGCUAGUUCAAAUAUUGCGACAUAGUUUGUGCAUUAUGUAAAUUUAUAUAAUAAACUUUAUUUUUAGAUGUUGCAGUCCUAAUUUCACAACUACUUCUUGGACUACGACUAAUUAAUUUUACUUUUACUUGUCUUAUAUUUAUAUAUUAUAUAUUAUAUAGUACAUAGUCAGGAUCAUAAUUUAUAUUAUAAGCCUCAGUGAAGUGAAGUCAGAAAAGUAAGAAGGCCAAGACCUAUACCGUGUACUAAUUAAUUAAGUAUCUUAAAGCACUUAAUUAAAGCUUUACAUUUAUUUAUAUAAUUAGAUUUAUUUUUAAUAUUGUUUGUGUUAUUAGUGUUAUAUUAUAUAUAUUAUUUGUGGAGUGGAAUGUAAUUAUCUAUUCUCACUUGACCUAUAUAUUAUAUAUAUAAUAAUAUAUAAUCAAUUAAACUAUAGUUAUAGGUAAUGAAAUUCAUACAUUCAGUUCAAAUUGACAUAAUGUCUGUAAAGUCUUUUACAUUUUUUUGUACUCAGUUGUAAAUUAUUUGACAUAUUAAUUAUUAAUAUUUCAAAUAAUAAUAGGUCCAAGAAAUAACAACCAUUCAUCAAAGUGCCAUGUAUUAUCAGGUGAGUUCAUUCAACAUAUUUUCGACCUAUUUAAAUAUGCCAUGUAUAUACAAACAAUUUUUAUUCUACACUAGUAUACUAGUAUUCACAUUCACAGUACUAUUGAACAAAAUUUGUUGAGAGUGUGAAACUAGUGAAAGCAAGUUUUCUAAGAUUUGGGUUCCCUUCUAGAUGUUGCCAAUAAAGAAAAAAAAUAAAGUAUAAAAUCAGUAGGCCUCUACUCAGGUACCGGUACUGUAGAUUAUAAUUACUCACUUAUGUCUGGGGUGGCACCUGUUGAGAUGUUACGGUUCUCACAUGUUGAGACCUGCUGGCUCACACUUUCUCUCCAUUUCUAUCCCUCUUGAAAUAUUACAUUCUGGAUGGACCUCCACUGUUACGGAUGGGUUGGUUCCCCUUUACAGGGAGUUCUAUAUCUCUCUAUAGAAUAUCUAUCCCCGAGAGUACACUGUAACAACAGACUGAAUAUAGAUCAUACUCUUUAGAUUCUCCUUGUGAUCAAACACCACCGCACUCAACUUACAUACCCUGACACUCUCACAGGCUCAAACAAACUUACAUUAAUCUGUAUAACUAAUUUAUCUAAUGAUUGGAUAACACUUGUCAUUCAGCCCAUGAAUAUUCAUUUCAGUCAUGAAAUAUAGCACAGAGAGGCUUUAACCCUAUUUAACUAGGAGCCCUCUAUAUCAUACAUCAUUUCUGAAGUCCAUUUUAUGCUAUACAAAAAUGUACCUUUUUCUUAUUAGCAAAUUUAAAUAUCAUUGAUGUAAUAUAUACUCUGUUACAAAUGGGUGAUCUUAUGAAAAAAUUAUUUCCAAUUUCUUUGCAGUCAAACUACCCUCCUUACCACCCAGGAGAUUCAUCCUACCCUCCACAGUAUCCAAACUCAGGGCCGCCCCCACCACCCAUGGCUACGCAUGCAUACACUUCCUAUAAUGUCAAUCAGUACCAAGGUUUGUCAUUUUUAGGCAUCUUUAAAAAUAAAUUUCUUGUAUGCACUAAUGGACAGCUACUUUUUGGCAAAUGUAGAGGAAACCAUAAUGAGGUAUGCUUUGGCUACAACUUCCAAUUCAUUAUUAUUUUUAAUUUUUAAACAUAUUUUUUUUAAAUGAAUGUUUAUUUUGAUUUUUGAAUCCCCUCAGGGCAUAAUCAAUGUUAAUUACGGUACAUUGUUUAUUUUACUUUGAUAGCAUUCAAGUGUUCAUUUAUUUUCCUUUUUACAAAAAUCAAAACCUCUCAUUUCCCAUAAUUUUUAUGCAAACCUGUGCUCAUUAAUCUGCAAAUUUCAUGUUAAAGUCUAUUAAAUAAAAACAGUUGAGCAAAAAUUAUGUAUCUAAGGUAAUGUCAUUUAAUAUUCAUUUUUUGUUUAAAAGUGAUUGUGUGUAAUUCCCAAAUAAUUUUGCAUUACCUCAAAUUGGUAGAAAACUGGUGUCUCAAAAUAAUUAUAAACAUUAAAUUUUUUUUUAAAAAUUAUUUUUACUUGUUAAGAGCCUGAUUGUACAUACCGGUACCAUAAUAAUAAAUUUUAUAAGUAUUUAUACUUGUCAUAAAAUAGUAGUUUAAUUAUCUGCUUCAUUAUUAUCAAAGUGUAGAUAAUUUGAUAAACUGCUGUCAUUGCCAUUGGAAAAAAAGCUUUACCUUGUUACCGGUAUUCAGAGAUGUUUACUUUUAAUUAAAGAAUGAUUAUGCUGAAAAAUAGUAAGUUUUCAUGCCCACAUAAGUUCUGUGAACUUAAAGAAUUUUAAGUUAUGGAUGAAUCUAAUCAAGUAUGCUUUUAAUGAUAUUGGUUAAUGAUAUGUGUGAAAUCUUAGCUUAAUAUACUCAUAUAUUCUAUCUUUACUAUUGUAAUCUAUCUACUGUUUAUUGUGGCAGUUCCUACUGCUGGCUAUAGCUAUUACCAGCCACCUGGUACUGUCCCUGGAUACAACACAGUCCCAGUGGUCCAACAGCUACAUCAGCAAUCCGUGCAGAUGUCUCAGCAGGUAAACAAGAUCUUUGGAACAACUAUUAGAAAUUGUAAACAAGAAACUGAGCCUGUGGGGUUGAAAAAUACAUGUCAUUCUUAAUUUGAGAUACCGGUAUUUACUUAUAGAAAAUCCAAGUGUUUUUGUUGUUUUUUUUAUUUGGCAGCACUUAUCAUUAAAAUAUUCAACUGAGAAAAAUUAUUUGACAAUGCAUUCAAAAAUAAAAUGAGUCACUUCAUUAAUUAUCUUUUUGAAUGUAUUAAUAUUGUAAGACAUUGACAUAAAUAAAGAACCUGCAAUCUUUUCAACAAUUCAUGUUUAUUUACAUCCUUAAUUUAUGUGUUAUUAUACCGGUACUUGAAAUGUGGGUUAUAUAUAUUAAAUUAAAUCAGUAAUGAUUUCUGUAAGAGUACAGAAGGGGCAACCUUCCCCUCUUAGAGCCAUUCUACAAGGUGUUUCUCUAUGUGCUAGAUCAAAGAAAAUGCAAAUAUUUCAGCAAGUUAUAAACAUAUGAUUAUGAAACAUACAUAAAAAAGAAAAUGAGACACUGGAAAAGGUGGGAAGGAAAUCCUGAUCCAUCUGGAUAACAACAGGCCACUGGCGUUUGUCACCUAGCACCAAGUUAUGUGCUGCCCUGUCUACAGUGCUUCUAGCAUGACAAAAUAUUGUGUCAGUGUUGCACAAUGGGGAAGGAUAAUAGUGUACACAGCAGAGAUCCAUUUAUAUGUUUUUGUAUGUAGUCCUAUAUAUAUAAUUUACAAUCUAAUGAACGGUCUUUAAGAUUUUUGGCUUUUUGUAGGGGUUUCACCAAGAGUAUCAUGCUGUAAGUGGCACCUUUUUUGGCAAAAAUUAUGCAUGCAUUAACAAUAGGGGCAUUUCAUCAAGGUCUUGCUUCUCAUAAUCCUUAAACAACCUUAACUAUUAAUUAACAAAUAUUGUUAUUCUUGAAAGGUUUUACCAGUUAAUAUUUUAUUUGUAUCAUUUUACCACAGACUCCUCAAGUGAUGGACAUGCCAACAUCUACUUACUUGAAAAGUAUGGAUGCCCACUUGUACCAGUAUCAGGUGCAGAAGCAAUUGGAACUAAUGACGGUUUGUAUUUUCAAUGAAAUCUUUACUUUAGAAUUACUGGUUUUUAAGGGUCUGACCCUUAGAGAAAUUCAAUUACAUUAGCUUGCUAACAAAAUAAAAUUGAAUACCCGGUAUCUUGAAUUUGUGUAAGUUUGAAUCACAAAUAUUUAAGCUGUUAAAAUUUAGCUUAAUUAUCUAAUUCCAUUCGAUGUCAUCUUUGUUAAGUUUAAUUUUCAUUUAGAGAUAUAUAUUUUCCUAAUCAGAAAAUGGAAGAAAUGAUCAGACAAGGUCAGGUAAGUGAAUAAAUGAUUUACAUAUCUCCUUACUUAAAGUCAGAUCUCUAAAUUUUUAUAUUACAAAUAUUCUAAAACAUUACCUUUAGAACUUCAUUUAAUCUUUAUACAGGCUUCUAAAAUAUGUAUUUAAAUCUUCAGAUGGAUCAGUAAGUUGAGAAAAAUCUGGUAAUAAAUUAGUCGACUUUCAAGUUACAAUAUCAAAGACUAUUGGUUAAUGAUUUGUUAAUGACCUAAUUAUCAGCUCAGUCUAAAUAAAUUAGUUAUAAAAAAUGUGGGAAGCAGGUUAGACCAUAUUUGGGACUAGAAUGCAAGUACCGUAAAUAAAUAUUGAAUUUUAUUACUUUGUUGUUAAAAAAAAUUAUUAUUUAUUGCCUUCACAGAAUAUCAGUGAGAAGAAACCUGAAGAAAUUUUAGCAAAGAUUGAAACCCCGGAACCAGUUCAGCCUUCAAAAGCCCUAGUAAAUAAUAUAUUUUUGCUAUUUUUAGAUCUUGUCACUGUAAAAUACAUAUGCUUACUAUUUUUCUGCAAUUUAUUUUGUACAUAAUUGAUAUACCAAAUUGUUUAGCUCAGUUUUUUAUGUAUGAAAUACAUCAUAUUUUUAUUUAAUAAAUUUAUAGUUAUAAUAUUUUUCCUUCAAAGCAGUUUCCUUAUUCAGUCUCGGCAUGAUCUAUAUAUAAAUGGAUGAUAAUUUUAUUGAUUUAUCAACUAGAUAUGUCCUAUUGUUGAAAAAUAGCAAUUACAUAUCCUUAAUGAAGAUAUUUUAAAUAUAUUCAUUUAUUUUACAAACGUAGCAAUUUCUUUUUUAAGAUUAUGUAAUUCCUCACAUGCAUCCAAUGUACUAUAUUAAUAUCUGUAGAUGUCUAUGUAUGAUAUAAUUUUUUUUUACAUUUAAAUUUUAUUUGACACCCAAAAACAUUAUUUCUUGAUGACCAGAGCCUAUCUGAAGAAGAAAUAAAACAGACGCUGAAAGAAGAAAUGAAACGUGUAUUUGUAGUUGAGCUGAUGCGCCGUCAGAAAGUAUCAGGUACAUUUGACAUGACCGAAGGGACAGUAAAGCCUUUCAAGAAAUAUGACAAUGGUGACCCAGUUGCUGAAUGGUACCUUAAGAACAGAGGUCAGAAUGUGACAGGCAAGCCCUGGGAUCCAGAAUGUGAUUGUGAAUACCUACGGGCCGCUAUGAAAGGCUUAGGUAGGACUAAUAAUUUUUAUAAAUAAUUUAUUGCAGUUACCUUGACAGACACAUAAAACAUUAAUGAGUAGAAACUAUUGAAGGCUGAAAAACAAGUUAUAUUAACAUAUUAGGUGUUGGCAGCAUAUUGCAAUGCAGGCAUUUUUUUCUGUUGUUUAAAAUAACAUUUUACAAUUUGUGAGAACAUGUUACGUGAUUUUAAUACAUUUUUAUGGAAAUGUUCUCCCUUAUAAUUUUUAACUCUAUAGGCACCAAUGAUGAUGCUCUUAUUCAUGUGGUCUCUACCAGAUGUAACCAACAACGGCAGGAACUGAAAGAUAUGUUUAAAACCCUUUAUGGAAGGGUAGGUCCAUUUAUAAUUCCCAAUGCCAAAUAGUAUUCACAAUGUAUUUACAAUUAAAAGAAAAGAACCCAGUUCAAUAAAAGAAUGUUUAAAAUGCAUGAUUUGAUUAAUUCAUUAAUGAAAAUCAACAUGUAGUACUUGAAAUAUGAGCAAAUAGCUGGCUGAAUUACGUUUUUUUUUUUUCUUCUACUAUUCAUGCAGGAUCUUAUCAAUGACAUUAAAAGUGAGCUAAGUGGAGACUACAAGGAGCUGGUGAUGGCAUUGUUUGUCUCCCCAGCUGAAUAUGAUGCUUGGUGCAUCAAAGAGGCUAUUUAUGUAAGAGCAUUUUUUUAAAAUGUGAAUUACCAAUACAAUAUUUAAAUAGAGAUAUCUACUUUAAAAAAAUCUCUAAUUUUCUGAACAUUAAUCUAAAAUCAGCAAGAAUCUGACAUAUCUUUUAACUAGAGCUGGGGUUGAAUGGGUUAUAUCUUGUUAUGCUCAUUCAUUUUAAGUGAGACUAUAUUUGGGUUUAUUGUUUACACUAUAAAUGCCAACCUCCUAUAGUACGGUACAAAAAUGAAAAAAAUCCUAUAAGCCAAUAAAAUCAACUAUUUUUUCAGCCAUUUAAUUUGAAAGCUACUAAUUUGGUUUUUAUUAAUGGCACUAAGUCAUAUUUUGAAUAAUCUCCACAAUCACUAUUCAUGCAAAGAGUGAUGCACCCCCAAGACCUUGGACUUUAUAAAUUCUAUGUAUGGUUCAUGUCAGUCAUUAUUUUGGUGUUAAAUUUGAGAGUUCUUUGAAAAUUGUUUAAAAAUUCAAUAAUAAUAUUGAAAGCAAACUAUUACAAUUUUGCUAAUAGCACAAUAAUUCUUCACAUUUUUUAAAAAAUGAAUGAAGGAGUCCUAAAACUUUUAUUUAGGUUAUAAUUCUUAAAAUUCACCUUUGAUUGAGAAGUUGCUUGGCUGUGCUGUCAACACAUGUGUCGUUCAAUACUAGAGGGUUAUGCUAGUGGGUCAAAAUUCACUCCCCAUCUCAAGCCAUAAAAUUAUAAUAUAAUUAUUUUUCUCUAACAAAAAUUCCCCCCCCCCCAACCAUUAUAAUAUAAUUAUUUUUCUCUAACAAAAAUCUCCCCCCCACCACCAUUAAAAAUAAAUAAUAAUAAAUAUUGAGUAACUGUACUGUUUUCUUUCCCAUAUUAAAUUAAAAUUUUUAAAUCUUUAAAUUUUUUUACCUGGAGAAAUUCAAAAGGCAGAUGGUUUGGGGGAGGGGGGGGGGGGAUUUUUCCCCAUUGAACUCAGAUUGGAAGUAACUUCUUCUUCACCCCUCCUCGUGUAGACACCCCUGUCCUACGCUGCCCAAGUGUUACUGUACAUGGUAACUAAUAAUGUAAGAUAUUCAUAUAAAUUUUAAAAAGCAGUGGCUUUAAUGACUAAUUUUUUAAAAAUAUACAACGCUUAAUUAUUAACUGGUUACCAAAAUUUUCUUGUAGGGUUUGGGUACAGAUGAACAGGCCCUGGUGGAGAUACUAAUGACAAGGACAAAUGACCAAAUCAAGGAAAUCAGAGCUGCUUAUCCUAAAGGUCAGAUAAUUUUUUUUUUAAAUCAUCUAUUGGCAAUGCCAAUUGAGUAAUUUUAGCUCCAAAGCUGUCUGUUUGAGAGUCUGUGUAAACAGAAGUAAAAAGUUUUCCAAAAGCAUUUUUAAUGAAAGUAUGCAUUUGAUUGACAAGCUUAUCUCAAUACACUAAUGAUGAAAUAUUAAUGAUGAUAUUUUUAGACUUUCAUCUGCUGUUUGCUAACAUCUGUUAAUUAUGCCUUACAAUCAGUUGUUCACAAGAACCGAGUUGCCAAAGAUACCCAGUUUGAAAAAGACAUCAGAGAUGACACAAGUGGAGAUUUCAAGCGACUCCUUAUUUCAGCGUCAAUGGUUGGUGUAUUUGGUUUCUUUUAUUCAUUACAAUAUAUAAAUAUUAUCCUAAAUAAGUAUUUUAUUGUAAUUUUAACCUAAUAGAUAGCUGAACAUUUUUAUAAACAUUGUUCAAACUAACUAUAGAGUUAUAAAAAAAAAUUUUAUGUUCACCUUUCUUGAUGAGUUUCCCCACAGUCAUUCAUGAUGAUAUUUUUAACUCUGAUUAAUAGGGAAAGCGCUAUGAGAUUCCACAUGACAGGCUGGAGAAAGCUGUACAAGAGAUUAUUAAUCCUCAGGAUGGCAAACCAACUGGUUAGUAUGGGAGAUAAAUCCAUCAAAGCCAGUGAUUUUUUUAUUUUUUCUUAUACAUGAAUAUUGUCAACAUUGUUAAAAAAGAAAUUUCUUUGGGAUUGAGGGUUCAACCAAGUAUGUUACAGAUAUGAUCAAUGUUAUUCAUAUACAUUCUAGUAGAUGAAGUAAAAAUAAGUUUAUUUGAAACACUAAAAUGCCUCAUAGAUUUCACUAGAAAAACGCAGAAAAUUUAGGACAUUUUCCAUCUAGAUGACCAACAAAUUUUUAUCCCUGUUUUCAUUUGUAUUAAUUUGAGAAUCUAUGAUACUUAAUAAUUCUUUGGAUUUGUUAAAUGAAAUCAAAUAAUUUUUUUUUUUAAAUUGAUAUUUAAUGUAUCUUCAGUUUUUACAGUAAAUAACUUUUAAAUAUAUAUUAUAUGCCCUACUUUACAAACAUGUAUGGUCUAUAUUUAUUGUGUUGAAUUUAUUUUAUUUUUUCCUAGACAGUUGUUUACUUAUGCCAUCUCAAUAGUUUCAGUACCAGUACUUUUAUUUAUUGAUCAGUUAUAUAAGGAGAACAAAAUAUUAUGCCCCUUUAAAUAUGAAUGUCAGGCAUGUUUGAGGUAAACUACAGCAAACUAAGUGAUCAGGAAAAAGCUAAAGUUGAGGCCCAACAACUGUACAAGGCAGGGGAGGCGAGAUGGGGGACAGAUGAGGAAACUUUCAAUAGAAUCUUUUCCGCAAGGGACUACUACCAACUGAGGGCAACUUGGGAUGAGUAUGUCAAGGUCAGUGGCUAACAAGUAUAGGAUCUGGCUGAUUAUAUUUUUUAAUUUAACUUAUAGCUUUUUAAAAAGAAAUAAUAAUUAUUAUAAUACUUACAAUUUGUACUAAAAAUAUAGUAUUGAAAUGAAUUGCAAUUACCAUAUAAUUUGGGUUACAAAUUUGCUAUCUUUUAUAUAAAUAGGCCUACAUAUAUUACAAUUUCUUAUUACAAAAAAAAUGAAUAAAAUAUCUGGGUCAUAUUUAGCAGCACAUUUAUUAUUUCCUUUAGAUUACCCAGAGAGACAUUUUAAACAGUGUGGAUAGAGAAACUUCUGGUGACUUCAGAAAAGGUCUGAGAGCAAUAGGUAAGCAAAAAUCAAUUUGUGAUGAUAAUACAAAGGUGUUUUUUUUUCUUCCUUUUCAAUUCUGAAUGUGACCAAUAAUUUGGGCAUAACAUAAUGUUUAUCUUUGUGCUCUACAAUGCAUCUGCAGGUGGAAAUAACGGGGAGGGAUAAAAGGGGAUAAAUAUGUAAUGUCAUGUGGAAUUGAAAUCCUUGGUCUUAAGACAUUAAUUAAAAUCUUGAACUUCUGGAAAUUGAUAACUAAGAUUGUUUCAGCUCAUCAUGACUUCAGUUACCUGGUAAACAAAUUUUCAAAUGAAUAUUUUGUAACUGCUUAAUAAUUUUAAACAAAUGUUGUCAGAUUAAGUAUGUAAUCAAAGUAAAAAAUAAGAAAUGCUGAUUAUUGUUUAAUUGAAUAUAUAUAUAGAUAAUAAUAUACUAUACUUAUCCUCAGUAAUGAAUAUAAGAAGCCGUCCAAUGUUCUUUGCUGAGAAGCUGAGAGAUUCUAUGAAAGGCUUAGGUACCGAUGAACGAACUCUGAUUCGCAUUAUUGUGUCCAGGUCUGAGGUUAGUUUCCUAUUUUUUACUGUUUUUUUAUUGUCUCAUCUAUGGCAAUUUUAACUCAGCUAUUGACAACAAGGAAAUUAAAAAUGUUAACACAGUUCUCCCUAUUCUUAAGUCCUCUACUAAAAAUAUUUCAAUUAUUAAUUUUCCCUAUUGCUUUACCACUGCUUCACUCUGCAAAUUAUUGUUUACAAAUUUAACCUUUUAACUUUAAUUAAAACUAUGUGGUACUUGAAAUUUUUAACAUCCCUUCACCUUUGUGAGACCAAUGAGGUAGCUCCUCUUUGUUUAUUUGCACACCCAACACCCAAAAAGACUGUCCUAUUUUUACCCAUCGCUUUCUUUAAUCUUCAAUUAAAAGACACAACCUGAUGUGAGAAAGAAGAAAUUAACAUGAUUUAAAUAAAUUAAUUAGACUAGGAUGCAAAAACAUCAAGGAAGUUUUACCCCUCAUCAUGAAAAAGGACCCCCCCCCCAACCCCUUUUCUUAUCCCAUUUAAGUAAGUAUUUAUCUUGGCUCCACAGUUCCUAAAAUAUUAACUAUUUCGUUACUGUUUGUCACCCCCCGCCUCCCCCCCCCAAACCUAAAUUCGCACUAUCAAUCCUAGUUAGUCUCUUUAUUUUAAGUUUUUUUUAUUUCAAAUCUUCUGAAAUGAGAAAAUAAAUUGGAACAUACAUUUUGUCAUUCUUACUUGCAUGCAGAUUGACAUGGUCCAGAUCAAAGAAUGUUUCCUCAAACUGACCAAUAAGACCCUGUGGAGGUGGAUCAAAGAGGACACAAGCUUCAACUUUAAGAAACUGUUGCAAGCAAUUGUUGGCAAGAAUUGAAGUCUGAGUUGGAAGAAGUCAGGAAAUUUUGAGCUGUGCUCAAUUUAGAUGCAGAUUUAUAGAUUUUGAAUGACCAAAUUUAUGUUAACUGUCGAUUUUUUUGUUUUCAUUCAUUUCUUAUGAAAACUUUUUUAAUGUGAUAUUUUAUUCUUAUGAAAUUCUUUUUUUCUACCAUUUUAUCCUAGCUUUAGCCAGUAAUUUUACCAUUAUCAAAGGUAUAGAUUAUAUUAUAUAUUAUAUAUGGCAAUCUUCCACCUUCAUGAGACCAUGGAGUAGCUUAUUGACACUUUUAACAUAUGUCUUAUGAGACAGAUAUUGGGAGGGCAGUAUGGCUACACUUCUCUCAGGAGAAUCUUGACUCCUCUACAUGUUUGACUCCCACGUAAACUGCUGUUCACCACCUGGAAAGGUGAUCAGCGAUGAUCCCCCAUUCACCAAUUUCUAUGAUGGCUUCCCUAAUGUUCCUUAAGCAAACGUCCUUAAAGUGCAGCUGCUGCCAUCCAAUAAGUCUUGCCCUCUCUGCCAACUCUCGAUACACCAGAAUCUUUGGAAUGCAACCCUAAUCCUGGAAUACAGCCCUCCUCCAUCCUUUUUAUUGACGGCACUUCUUACUAAGAGUGGAGAACAUGCUGCCCAUGUUAGCACAUUCCCAAACCUCUGUGUUAGGCACUUUGUCCUGCCAUCAAAUUCACAAAAUUAUCCAUCAUAAUUAUAUUUUUUAAAAUCUUUUCAGAUGAUGAUUUUCAAAUAUUACACAAUGUAAAUAACUUGCAUUUUAUUUGCUUUUAAAUCAUUCAUCCAAUGUUGUCAUACUCUCCACACCCAUCUAUCUCUACUAAUCUAUUUCACUGACACUGAACAAAUAUUUUCAUCUGGAAAAUAUAAUGAUUUAUUGGUUUCUAUUACUGGACCAAUAUAAUAAACCAAAAGUUAACUUCCAUAUUUAAAAAAAGAGUUCUACGUUAUAUAAAUCAGUUAUAAAAUCAAUGAUCAAAUCAGUUAUCAAAUCAGUUGUCCCCAAUGGAACAGCCAAAAGCAUAGUUGUUUCUUAGAACGUCCAAUUUUGCUGGAGAAUUUCCAUGAUACUUUUCAUUCAGGUGAUAAACUGUUUUCAACAAAUUUACACUCUGUUCCAACAUUCUACAGAAAAAUUUCGAUCAUGUUUGCCUAAAAGUAGUUCAUACACAUAAGGUUAUUUUACAAAAGCAAUCUUCAUCAACUGUCAUAAUUCAAAUAUAAAGUUUAUAAUGUUGGUAAAUUUAUUUUUCAAUUUUGUGUCCCUUGUUGGACAUCACAUGAAUUAUUUGUCUCUGGAGACUUUUAAAACUUUCUUAGAGUUAACAUUUCAUUUCAGACUUUAUUUUUUUAUCAGAAAUUUCAAAUGACUAAAUUUUAAUCACUAGCGCAAUGAGACAUCCUGUUUUGGAGAUAAUCAGUUUGCUAAUUUCCUUCUCUAGCAGGCGAAUUGUUCAAAAUCACAAUCUGACUGUUGUAUUGUCAAAAUUGUAUUGGGUGAUCUUUUAUUUAUUUAUUUAUUUUUUGACAUUCCAACUAAAUCAGUGGUUUCCAAUCAGUGGUAUGCAUACCCCUGGGGGUGCAUGGCAGACCACUUUAGGGUACGCAAAAAUUAUAUUGAUGAUGGCGGAAAAUGUAAAAAUAGUUUGGUAUUCUUACACCACAUUAAAAAACAAAUUUUAUCCAUCAUCAUAUUUUAAAUAAAACUAAUAAUUUGUUGUUAAAUUCUGAUUUUGAUAGCUUUAAUUGAUUUUUUCUGGAUUUAUCACAAAAUAUUAUUUUGCAAUAUUUACUUUUCAGAUUCAAUUUAGCUUUGUUAUUUGUAAAUAAACUGAAAUAACUUGUAAAAUUGAAAAUAAAAGCCUUCAAAUUGUA